AUGCCACCUCCCUUCCUCUCGAAGCUUUGUCUGCAGACGAAGUCGCCGGCUCUUCCCUCGGCGCUGGUGUCGGUGGGUUGCCAGUGGCGGUGGGUGGGUGGCCGGGUGGUGGUGUUGCUGGGAUGCCCGCCGCGACGGCGACCACAGCCCGCCUUCGCGUGCCGCUGCCAAAAGUCGCCCACCACUCGCCCUGCUCGAGCCAGCGCCACCCGACUGCCGCCGUCGCUGACGAGACGAGCGGCCACACGCUUGGCGCACGCCAUGGACGCCUUGUCCCGCCCUACUGUCGUCAUCGACAACGGCACCGGGUACACGAAGAUGGGGUUCGCGGGGAACGUGGAGCCCUGCUUCAUCACCCCCACUGUCGUCGCCGUCAACGAUUCCUUCUCCGGCUCCGCCUAGCCGGCGGCGAGGGGCACCCCC